GGGGGGGGGUUGAUAGCUUGCGAACGUAAAUUACUUCCAGACAUUGAGAACACUUCACAAUUUUGCUCGCCAUAGCAUAACUAGUUAGGCUGUGUUCAUGUUAUCUAGAGCGUUAGUGGCUGUAACUGUGUUGCAAGCAACAAUUUAAUUCCGUUUUUUGUCAACCUUUACUGACACAUGUCAUAUUCAAAGGAUGUUUUGCGUUCGUAAAUUCAUCAGUUAAUCUGUGCUCUGGCAGAUACGAUUCCAAUGUAGUUUCCCCAUCUCCUCAAAGUAUCACUGGUAUAGCUACCAAUGUGAUCUAUUUGUACUUUUACUUCCGCAUCUAGAUCUUCUGAGCACAUAACCACAACUACCACACUGUAUGUAGCUAGCUUGUCGUAUAUUUUACGAUUAUCAGGGUCAGUUAGCUACUAGAGAAUUGAAACAGUUACUGCUUAACUCAGGAAAUAUGUCCAAACCAAAGUUUGUUGUGUUUGACCUGGAUUAUACUCUUUGGCCCUUCUGGGUGAAUAGCUAUGUGGACCCACAAUUUCACAAAGACAAAGAGGGAGUGGUGUUGAAUGCAAGGAGGGAGAAAAUCCAACUGUUCCCCGAAACAGUGGACAUAUUGACUUCUCUACAUGACCAAGGGAUCCAGAUUGGAGUGGCAUCACGCACAGAUGAGGUAGAUGGAGCCAAUCAGCUGUUGUCCCUCUUCAAUCUCAACCAAUACAUAUCCUUCAAGGAAAUAUACCCGGGGUCAAAGGUCCCUCACUUCAAAAAGCUCCAGGCAGACAGUGGAUUCAAAUUCAGUGAGAUGAUGUUCUUUGAUGACGAACACAGGAACAUCACAGCAGUCAGCCGACUAGGUGUGCACUGUGUUCUGGUCCCUGAACUCUGGUUUCUCUCUCAGGUGUGCACUGUGUUCUGGUCCCUGAACUCUGGUUUCUCUCUCAGGUGUGCACUGUGUUCGGUCCCUGAACUCUGGUUUCUCUCUCAGUUGUGCACUGUGUUCUGGUCCCUGAACUCUGGUUUCUCUCUCAGGUGUGCACUGUGUUCGGUCCCUGAACUCUGGUUUCUCUCUCAGUUGUGCACUGUGUUCUGGUCCCUGAACUCUGGUUUCUCUCUCAGGUGUGCACUGUGUUCGGUCCCUGAACUCUGGUUUCUCUCUCAGUUGUGCACUGUGUUCUGGUCCCUGAACUCUGGUUUCUCUCUCAGGUGUGUACUGUGUUCGGUCCCUGAACUCUGGUUUCUCUCUCAGGUGUGCACUGUGUUCUGGUCCCUGAACUCUGGUUUCUCUCUCAGUUGUGCACUGUGUUCGGUCCCUGAACUCUGGUUUCUCUCUCAGUUGUGCACUGUGUUCUGGUCCCUGAACUCUGGUUUCUCUCUCAGGUGUGCACUGUGUUCGGUCCCUGAACUCUGGUUUCUCUCUCAGGUGUGCACUGUGUUCUGGUCCCUGAACUCUGGUUUCUCUCUCAGGUGUGCACUGUGUUCUGGUCCCUGAAGGAGUGACUAUGAAAUUAGUCAAUGAAGCGCUUCUGCAGUUCUCCCAGGGUGCAAAAUGAGGACUUGAGGACAGAGUUGAUGCAAUACAUACAGUGCCUUGCAAAAGUAUUCAUCCCCCUUGGUGUUUUUCCUAUUUUGUUGCAUAACAACCUGUAAUUUAAAUGGAUUUUUAUUUGGAUUUCAUGUAAUGGACAUACACAAAAUAGCCCAAAUUGCUAAAGUGAAAUGGAAAAAAUGACAGAAAAGUGGUGCUUGCAUAUGUAUUCACCCCCUUUGCUAUGAAGCCCCUAAAUAAGAUCUGGUUCAACCAAUUACCUUCAGAAGUCACAUAAUUACUUAAAUAAAGUCCAAGCUAAGUGUCACAUAAUCUGUCAAAUGAUCUCAGUAUAUAUAUAUACACCUGUUCUGAAAGGCCCCAGAGUCUGCAACACCACUAAGCAAGGGGCACCACCAAGAAAGCGGCACCAUGAAGACCAAGGAGCUCUCCAAACAGGUCAGGGAUAAAGUUGUGAAGAAGUGCAGAUCAGGGUUGGGUUAUAAAAAAAAUAUCUGAAACUUUGAACAUCCCACGGAGCACCAUUAAAUCCAUUAUUAAAAUAUGGAAAGAAUAUGGUACCACAACAAACCUGCCAAGAGAGGGCCGCCCACCAAAACUCACGGACCAAGGCAACAAAGAGACCAUAGAUAACCCUGAAGGAGCUGCAAAGCUCCACAGCAGAGAUUGGAGUAUCUGUCUAUAGGACCACUUUAAGCCGUACAUUCCACAGUGCUGGGCUUUAUGGAAGUGUGACCAGAAAAAAGCCAUUGCUUAAAGAAAGAAAUAAGCAAACACGUUUGGUGUUCACCAAAAAGGCAUGUGGGAGACUCCCCAAACAUAUAGAAGAAGAUUUUCUGGUCAGAUGAGGCUAAAAUUGAGCUUUUUGGACAGCAAGGAAAACACAAUGUGUGGCGCAAACCCAACACCUCUCAUCACCCCGACCCCAGCAUCCCCACAGUGAAGCGUGGUGGCAGCAUUAGGCUGUGGGGAUGUUUUUCAUCGGCAGGGACUGGGAAAUUGGUCAGAAUUGAAGGAAUGAUGGAGGGCACUAAAUACAGGGAAAUUCUUGAGGGAAACCUGUUUCAGUCUUGCAAAGAUUUGUGACUGGGAUGGAGGUUCACCUUUCAGCAGGGCAAUACCCUAAGCAUACUGCUAAAGCAACACUCAAGUGGUUUAAGGGGAAACAUUUAAAUGUCUUGGAAUGGACUAGUAAAAGCCCAGACGUCAAUCCAAUUGAGAAUCUGUGGUUCUGACUUAAAGAUUCUUUAUCCCUUUACACUUGUGUGUAUAAGGUAGUAGUUUUGGAAUUGUUAGGUUUGAUUACUCGUUGGUUAUUACUGCAUUGUCGGAACUAGAAGCACAAGCAUUUCACUACACUCACAUUAACAUCUGCUAACCAUGUGUAUGUGACAAAUACAUUUGAUUUGAUUUUGAUUUGAAGAUUGCUCUACACCAGCGGAACCCAUCCAACUUGAUGGAGCUGGAGCAGUUUUGCCUUGAAGAAUGGACAAAAAUCCCAGUGGCUAGAUGUGCCAAGCUUAUAGAGACAUACCCCAAGAGACUUGCAGCUAUGAUUGCUGUAAAAGGUGUCUCUAGAAAGUAUUGAGUUUGCGGGGGUGAAUUGGUAUGCACGCUCAAGGCAAAAAAUGUUUUGUCUUAUUUCUUUUUUGUUUCACAAUAAAAAAUAUUUAGCAUCUUCAAAGUGGUAGGCAUGUUGUAUAAAUCAAAUGAUUCAAACCCCCCAAAAAUCGAUUUUAAUUCCAGAUUGUAAAGCAACAAAAUAGGAAAAAAUGCUACAGGGUGUGAAUACUUUUGCAAGCCACUGUAUACUUUACCUCUUGGGACAUUGUUGUACUGCCACAAACCUGAUUCAUAUAGCAUUUUUUUUUAACUCCAGGCUGUGAUCUCAAACCUCAUUACUUCACUUCAUUCAAUGUUUGAGAAGAUGGACGAAUGUUUUCUUCAUGGCUUUUUAUGUGUAUAAUCAACGAUACUUCAAGGGUGGCCAGGGCCAGAGCAAUCAAUAUGUUAUAAAUGUAUUGAAUUGGAAUUCAAGGUACAUGAAAUAAUGUUCUCUGUCUUGUUUUUUAAUUUGACCAAUUAUAUUAUGCUUAUUAUUACUGUUGCAGAGAAAAUAUUUAAAAAAAUAUAUAUACUUUAAAAAAAAAUGAA